AUGAUUUUAGGGAAGUGUUUGAAAGCCGUCGUGAUUGAAAACCAGACAGCUAAAGAAAGAGAAGUUGUCACAGCUGAAAGCGAUCAAUUAAAAACUGAAUUUCGUCAAAAAGCUGAACGGCUUCGAAAAGAAUUAACCGAUAAAACACAAGAGUAUGAAAAAAUUAACACAGACCUACAUGCAUUUAAAAAAGCAUGUAGUAAUAAUGGUCCAAUCAGUGAUUAG